AUGAAUAGUAAACCUAUUAGCAUUAUGUUGUGGAAUGCGGCUAACAUUAGCACAAAAUUCCACGAAUUCAGUAAUUUUAUCCUUGAACAUGAUAUUGAUAUCGCCCUAAUAACCAAGACUCAUGCAAAUGCUCGUAAGGACAGAUGUCGAAAGUUCAUUACAACUGAUGAAGCUUGGAUCUAUCUAUCUGAUACCAAUGCUAAAUCUAAAGUUCAAUAUCUUAGCCGUGGGCAGAUCAGGCGAGACUUGACACCAUCAACCACGGUGCCUCAUCCCAAAGGCGUAAUGGUUUGGAUGGGCAUAUCUACCCAUGGUGUGACCAAACCUCGGUUUGUGAAACCUGGGGCCAAAAUAAAUUCUGAGUAUUACUUACAGAAGAUAUUAAAGCCCGUUCUUAAGGAUGAUUACUGCAGAUUGUACCCUAAUGGUGUUGCUGUGUCCCAUCAGGACUCUGCCCAAUCGCAUGCAUCUAAGGUCACCCAGAAAUUCCUAACAGAUCAGCAAGUGCAAUUCCUGAGACCAGAACAAUGGAUUCCAAACAGUCCUGAUGCUGCACCAAGCGACUAUUUCCUAUGA